AUGAUCUUGACACCAUCUCACCUGCGGCCUCGAGCUCACAAACUGGAUUAUUCGGAAGUGGCCUCCAAAGAAGCCCUCUCAGUCCGAGUAGACAGUUUUUGCUUUCGUCUUGGUCAGAGUCUGGCUAGGCUGUUAUCCCCGGAGAUCUGGACUAAUGCCCCUUUUCUUAUUUAUGUCUUCACAAACGGGGUUGCUGCUGCGGGCGUUGUCAUACCGUGGACGUUUGCCUAUGACUACAUUCGAUCGAAAUGGCUGUUAGGUAUUGAAGCAGACUCUGCUGUAGGCCUUUUGGCGGAAACUCAACUAGCCUGGUAUCCUUCACUGAUUGGUCUCGGAUCUUGUGCCGGUCAAGUUUUAUUUGGAUUCAUUAUCUCGAAAACACACCAUCCAUCGGGCUGUACUGCACGGUCACGUCGUAGCUUCAGCAGAAGUAACCUGACUUUAAUUUUUACCAUCGUUCUUCUUUUGAAUGGUGUGAUGACUCUGGGCUUCACAUACGCUCCCACUCCGUCUUCUGUUGAUUACGGAGGAGAGGGAUUUAUCUUCUUGACCACUGCUGGCCGUGUGUUUGCUGUGAUCUGCUUUUUCCUGGGCGUUACUGAUGGAGCCUUCAUGACAAUAAUGGGACCCAUGCUUGAAUAUCUUCUAGAAGAGAUAAAUUUUCCUGCUGGACUAGGCAUCAGCCUCUGUAUAACGGGUGCCUUUAAUCUGGCGGGGACAUUGGCCGGAGGCAGCAUGCUCGACUUAUCUGGGUCAUACUACAGUGCAAAUCUCCUGGCCGCUUGUUUAUCACUGAGUGGGUUUUCCGUUCUCCUCGUAUGUUGUCUGGUUUUUCGUAAAGAACAGGAAAUGGGGAUUGGAGACGAGGACACAUCAGAAAGGCUGUAA